UCGACUUGACAGAAUCUGUCCCGGUGGCUCUCUGGCCUGUCCUGGGGCGGCCCUGUGACUCUUCUUCCCCCUGGCUGAUCUGAGAUGUUUUCCAAGCGAAAGACCCCCAGCCUCCAGCCCACUUGCCCCAACGUGCUUACCCCUGACAGGAUCCCCUCGUUUUUUAUCCCACCCAACCUCGCCACCCUACAAGGCUGGCGCUCCAGAGCCAGGGAGGCACCGGCCCCGCUUUCUGCAAACAAGGGCAUCGCGGGGCAGGAGGAAGGCCAGGCCCGUGCCCCACUUCGCGGCGCUUCCUCUGCGUUCCAGCUGAGCCCGGUGGACUUGGUGUAUCUGCCAGAAAGCCCCAAUACGUGGCGGCGGGAAUCGCUGUUCCACAGCGGGCCACUGCCCCUCCGAUCCCAAGGGGCCUGGCUCUCCUCCCCGUGCACGAGGUCCCCUUCACAGCCCACGCCAGGUCUGGACAGCGACACCCCCUCUUCCCCCGAGACCUCCCCGCAUAACUCCCCCCUGCCAACACGUCCUCUCAGCGGCCUCCUGCCCUGCCAAGGCUACAGGCACCGCCGGCGGUUGGCAUGCCAUUCCACCAACGCCGGCACGGCCCCGCGGCCAAGCUCCUUCUCCACGGGGGAGACCAGCUCGACAGACACCAGCCCCUGCUGCCUGCGCCGGGAGACGGACCUUCCCUGGGCCUCCCGAUCGCCAGUGCCCCCAUUCCCACUGGGCUCAAUCCGUUGCCACCAGCGGAUCACCAAAGAGGUGGUGCUGACAGUGAGCCAGGGCGGCCGGCUGCGCCUCUCCAGCGAGUACCUCCAGCCGCAGAGCAGCCUGCGGGUCCGCCUGGUCAGUGCCGAAGGCUUCUACCCGCCCCGCGGCGACCCUCGGCACAUCCACUGCUGUGUGGCCCUGCAGCUGCGCCCGGGCCUUGGUCAAAGGCAGCGCAGCGCUGCGGUCAAGAGGAGCCGCAACCCCAUCUUCAACGAGGACUUCUUUUUCGAGGGGGUCACUCCGGAGGAGCUUCCCCGGCGCAGCCUGAGGAUCAAGGUCCUCAACAAGGCCUGCAGCCUGCGGCGUGACGUGGUGCUGGGUGAGUGCGAUGUCCCGCUGGAUUCUCUUUUGCCCUGA